AUGGCUAAAGAUAUUUUGAAGAAUCAGGACCCUAAACUGCAAGCGAUGAUCGUCGAGCACUCAGCGCCUGCUCCCAAGGAGAUACCUAUAGACGAGCCUGUUCUAAAAAGAGUCGCUAGGCCUUUAAGGCAUGUCAAGUUUAUUCCAAUCAAAUCGUUGGUAUUCCAUACUAAGACAGGGCCUAUGGAGUUCUCAUAUGAAAAGAAGAUCAAGACGCCUAUUCCUAAAAACAAAAUUGUAGUUCGAGUAAGCAAUGUGGGCUUGAACCCUGUAGAUAUGAAAAUCAGGAACGGUUACACAUCUUCAAUUUACGGCGAAAUCGGUUUGGGAAGAGAAUAUAGUGGUGUCGUCACUGAGGUAGGUGACAAUCUAAACUAUGCCUGGCACGUGGGCGAUGAAGUAUAUGGUAUAUACUAUCAUCCUCAUUUAGCCGUCGGCUGUUUGCAAAGUUCAAUCUUAGUAGAUCCGAAGGUGGACCCAAUCCUCUUAAGACCAGAAUCUGUUUGUGCCGAAGAAGCGGCAGGUUCAUUAUUCUGCCUGGCCACCGGUUAUAACAUUCUGAAUAAACUGUUCAGGAACAAGUAUUUGAAGCAAGAUUCGAAUGUUUUGAUCAAUGGUGGGACUUCAUCGGUGGGAAUGUUUGUCAUACAGUUAUUGAAGCGUCAUUACAAAUUACAGAAAAAGCUAGUUAUUGUAACGUCUGCAAAUGGACCCCAAGUUUUACAGAAGAAAUUCCCUGACCUGGCUGACGAAAUGAUUUUCAUCGAUUACUUGACGUGUAGGGGUAAAUCUAGUAAACCUUUAAGGAAAAUGCUUGAAGAAAAGAGGAUUUCCCAGUUUGAUCCAGUAGAGGAUAAGGAAACCAUACUUAGCUAUAAUGAAGGGAAAUUCGAUGUUGUACUUGAUUUUGUCGGUGGCUACGACAUUUUAAGUCACUCUAGUUCAUUGAUUCAUGGUGGUGGUGCGUACGUAACCACUGUAGGCGAUUAUGUUGCCAAUUAUAAAGAAGACAUUUUCGAUUCAUGGGAUAACCCAAGUGCCAAUGCAAGAAAAAUGUUCGGGUCUAUUAUCUGGUCAUAUAACUAUACACAUUACUAUUUUGAUCCGAAUGCAAAAACGUCUUCCGCCAACAAUGAUUGGAUUGAACAAUGCGGCGACUUUUUGAAGAAUGGUACUGUAAAAUGUGUUAUCGAUAAAGUUUUUAACUGGAAAGACCAUAAAGAAGCAUUUUCUUAUAUGGCUACUCAACGUGCACAAGGAAAGAUAAUCAUGAACGUCGAAAAAUUCUAG